ACGUGCACGCGCACACAGGAGGAGGAGGAGGAAAGAAGCGAUAACAUCCAGACAGCCGGUACUGCGCAGCUGCGUGCGCGUCCUACAGCUUUAUUCUUUUGGUUUUUGUUGUCGUUCGUGCGUUUUUGGACGGAGUUGUGCUACGAGCUUAGUCCUUGCUUAUUAAUAUCCUUAUAAUUUUUCAUAUGGUUGGAAUUUUCACUCCUUAUCUUUCUAAUACUAACUUUUAUUUGUGCAAGAGCGAUUUUUCACGUCAUCUGACAGGAGUGUUGGGUCCAUAUGGACAAACCGAACUGCCUAGACUUACUGAUUUUGGACUGAGGAAUAUCUGCACCCUCAGAGGAACCUCAGAUGAAGGUGUUUAUCUAGUGGACUACCACCAAAUGCAAAGAAAAUUUCUCUCUCAUGCAUUCCUUCCACAAGAAGACUAAAGAGGCUCAAACCAAACAGAAGAACCAGUGAAGACUUGACAGCAACACCAGUCUUGACCUCACACCCCUCUCUCAUAUUCAGCUCAAGUGGGAAAAACGCUUCAAAGACUGCCGUAAUAUGAAGGAUAAGGUGAAGUUUGACAUGGAUGAGGGCUCUCUGGGAAGCUGCUGUUUGGGCAGCAGUAACAGCAUCGGGCAUGUUACAGAUGACUGUAACACGGGCACCUUACCAAGCCUAACACCGUGGGAACGGACAGUAGCGUCCGAUGGCGGUUUGUUCCACAUGCAGUAUAUGGACCUGGGCGAGUUCCUGACAGAGAAUGGCAUGGCAAUGCACGGAGCUCAGAUGCCCUCUCAGAGCUCGCAGUGCCCCUCCACAUCUCCUUCAGCCUACUCUUCCUGCUCCUCAUCCUCAGCUUCUGUUUCCUCUCCGACUGCGCUGCUCGGCCUGGACAUGCUGGGAGCCACCAAAUGCGUACAGAGCCCUCCUCAGGUCAGCCAUGAGCCUGCAUCAUCCCCUACCUGUCCACCGCAUACAAGCCCACCCAUGAAUAACGACACUGACCUGCUUACGACCUUCGACCCUGACCCUGCUGACGUGGCCCUGCCCAGUGUCCCGGGUCAGAAGCCCUUUGACCCAUCUACUCAUUUCUUUAGUGAGGAGGAACUCAAGCUGCAGCCUGUGAUGAAGAAGGCUCGCAAGAUGCAAGUCCCUGACGACCUGAAGGAUCAGAAGUACUGGAACCGGCGCCUAAAGAACAACGAGGCGGCUAAGCGAUCGCGGGAUGCUCGGCGGCUAAAGGAGAACCAGAUCUCAGUGCGAGCCUCCUUUCUUGAACGGGAGAACGCUGCACUUCGACAGGAAGUGGCCAACAUGCGCAAAGAGCUCGGCCGCUGCCGCAGCAUCCUCAGCAAGUACGAGGGUCACUACGACGAGCAGUUAUGAAGAGGAGGAGGGCACAAAGGGGUGGAAAUAGUUCAGUAAAUGUGAUAACAGACAAUGGACUUGAGUAUAAUGAAAGUUAAGUGACCUUCUUCUCCCUUUAGGAAGAGGUUUGAGGUGCAAUGUUUUAGAUAAAGCAGAGAAACGUAUAUUUUUAUACAACAGAGACAUGCAAUAUAAGAAGAGGAUUUUCUGGAAGCUAUUUUGUGUGUGUGUUUGUGUGGGUGUGUGUGUGGGUGGGUGUAUGGCAGGACUGUUUAGUCCAAACGAGAGGAAAUGGAAAUACUGGAAUUUUAAAAGCUCUACAUGGGGGCUGAACAGAGGAAUUGAGUAAAUGAGAGUGAAGAGCAAUAUUGAGCUGAAGAUUUUAUUAUCCGUGGAAUAAUUUCAGACUGUGAAUCAGACUGUGAAAAAAAAAUUACCUUUUAAAUUUGCCAAGAAGAAGACCACACGAGGAGAUUUUUGUAGUUUUUGUGACAUCAAGAAAAGCAAUGGACAGAUUACUAUUAUACAUUUUCAAAAAGAAGUGACAUUUCUUACAAAUUGAUAUAUUUUAGGAUUUACUGAAGUGUAGUUAUUCAGCCACGGCAAGUUUGGUGUCAAAUGCUUCAGUGCUGGACUACAAGGCAAAUGCAGCUAAAAAGUAAUGAAAGUUUCUUUCUCAGUCUUUUUUGGUAAAUGUUUGCAUAUUUUAAAUGAAAGUUCUUUGUAGCCUUUAUUUAAAAUAAUUUCUGUUAGUUCAUUAAUUCACUGAAACCUGGUUAAUAGAACACCUUUAUUUGUCAUACAGAUGUACACUCACUUUCUUAACCGCUUAUCCAAUCAGGGUUGCGGGGGGGUGCUUUAGCCCAGUUUUUCAAUGGGCGUAAGACACACAGUAACACCCUGGACGGAGUGCCAGUCCAUCGCAGGGCAGACACACACACACACACACACACACACACACACAUUCACCUAUAGGGCAAUUCAGUGUCUCCAGUUCACCUGACUGCAUGUUUUGGACUGUGGGAGGAAACCGGAGCUCUCGGAGGAAACCCACGCAGACACGGGGAGAACAUGCAAACUCCGCACAGAAAGGACCCGGACAGCCCCGGCUGGGGAUCGAACCCAGGACCUUCUUGCUGUGAGGCGACAGUGCUACCCACCGAGCCACCGCGCCAUCCUACAGAUGUACAGUACAACGAAAUUCUUUCUUCGCAUAUCCUAGCUUGUUUGGAAGCUGGGGUCAGAGCGCAGGGUCAGCCCUUGUACGGCGCCUCUGGAGCCAAGAGGGUUAAGGGCCUUGCUCAAGGUGGCUGCAUGGCUCUCAACCUUUUAAUUGAUAGCCCAAAGCUCUACCCACUAGGGUACCACUGUGACCCUGAGCUUAAGUCAUGUACACCUGAUGGGACUCACUUCUUUAGUGGUAAGCUGCUUUAAAUAAAAUACUAUUUUUUUAACUAUCCUGAGAAUUUAAAACCUUCUUUGCUUGUCAGCUACAUUUGCUUUAUAAAUCCAGUUCAAAAAUCAAAAACAAACACUGGACACGAAACAUGACUAAUCAACCACAUUUAAGGUAAAACACAAAGCUGAAUGGAUUGUUUGCUGAACUAUUAAUUUAAAUUGAGUCAUGCUGAAGUUCCUUAAAUCAUAAAUAUCUAUUUUUGAACUUUUGUUAUACUAUAACACUAUAAUCCAGAACUACAGAUUUAGGACUCACCAGAACACUUAUUCAAAGUAAAAAUCCCUUUAGUACUUGAAGUCUUUAUAGAAAUUAGCCUUUAUAAACGUAUAUUAUACAAUACUAUACAACAGGGGCUGCCUUUACCAGAUUUACUGUCUUUAAUGUGUAUGGAUAUACGCUGAUGCACCAAAACAUUAGGGCCACCCACCUAAAAUGUACUAAGACAUGGAAUCUGGUAUUUGGUACAUAAGCAUGUUUGUUGUGAGGUGGAUCAUCCUACAGUGCAUCAUGGUGCAUCUCUUCCAUGGAUAAACGAUGCACAUGUGCACGACCUCCCACAUGAUGUUCUUCAAAUUAAUGCCAAUGGUUUUCUUGAGGAUGCCUGGUAAUGAGGUUUCCACAAACCUUUGGUCAUGCUGUGUAGAACUAAGGAUGCCAGAAUAACUACAGUGGCAACAUGGAGGCUUGGAGCAUUGCACUUUAAAUUUGUAACAGUAAUUAACCUUUUAGUUUCUCCAUGUUUCUUUAACAGCACGUUGAGUUUUAUGAUUGUUGUUUUUUCAGUUGUAUUAUAGAGAAACAUUCGUUAUUUCCUUUGAGUCGUAUUUGAUACAUAGAUCAGAGCUGCUGAAUUUGUCACUCUUGCUUCUCCUCCACAUGUCUCACAAGUUGAUCAAUGCCAAUUCACUCUCACGCUGGCUGAGAUGAGCUAAGCCCCCUCCACAGUCUCUGGCUGCUUCUUUUUACCUGCCAGUGAUGGAGUCUAACAGAGAGGUGUACAGCGUACAGAGAGACUGAUGCUAUAAAGUCUGCAAAUACUCCUCCACUAGCACAGAUGAUUCAACCAGACAGCAACAAUUAAGUCCAGUUGACCUUCCACCAUCAGACGUAGCCAGUUGGUCAUGUGAACUGCCUGUGGUUCGAUAGCUUGAGAUCUUAUUGAUGGUGGGCCAGUUCAUUAGUCCUGUUGACUGUUAGAGAUCCAGAUUUGCACUUCAGAUUUCUGGUUUCUGAACAAAUAAACACAAAUUUACAUUCCACAUAGUUUUUUUGGCUGUAUGAGUUUGAUGACCUUUUUUACUAACUACAACCAAUUGUAUCAUAAGUGACAUUUGAUUUCCCAGUUGAAUUUUGGGUAAUGUUGUUCCUACUAUCCGCUCAUGUUUUUUUGGAGGAAAAAACCUCAUAUCCUUAAGUUUUGUCUAUCAGUGACCUCUCUGCUUGUAGCCAAAGUAUUGCAGGGGAAUUUGUCUUUUCUCCUAAAAACACAAAUAAAAAUAUUACUCACUAAA